UACUGUUGUGUGCAUCAUGUGUAUUAUUCUUUUACUGCUGCAUUAUUACUAUACCUAAAUACGUGUAUAGGUGUGUAUAGUGUAUUUCUAUCUCUUUUCGUCGACCCUUUUGCAAUUUGUACACGCACAUAUAGAAUGGAGUACCAACACAGUAAAUGUGAGAAUUCGUACCGUGUAGUAAGUAGUAAGUAGUAAGCAAGCAACGUAAAGUACUGACUGAGGUACAACAUGUAUAACUUUUGCACUUGCGAUUAAUAACGUGAAACGGUGAAACAUUUCCCCUUAAACUUGAAAUAUUUACUUAUUAUCUUGCACCAAAUAUCAAACAGAAGUGGACACAAAGAGAAAGAGGAGAGAUUUCAUGACAGAGCGAUCUCGUUUGUCCUCGCGUAUAGGUAUACUUAUAGGUACUUUACAGACAGACACUUACGUUGGGUUUGAUGUGUUAUGGCUCGCGUAGAGCUCGCGCGUGUGACGUCUUCGCCGUGGCUAUGAGGUUAACCCAGCAGAUCCAGCUGUAAGGAGAGGAAAUAUAGUCAACGAAAGCACCCAGCAAAAAGGCACAAGAAGUCAUUUCAUUCUAAAGAAAUUAAAUGGUGAAAGCCUACAUGGAUACACAUCAAUGGACAGAGAUUUCAUUAAUACUUAACUGUGGAGCUUUAGACAUUCUGUUUUUUUUCUUGACAUCAAAUGAAAACUUUUUGUUAAAAACGUGAUGAAUCUUUUAAGACCAUGUAAAAAAGUAUCCAAUCAUAUACCAUUUUUAGUGUGCAAGACAACAGAAUGAGAGUCGCAUUUGAUGUUGGUUGGUUAGUUGUUACUAGAGUGUACGUUUUAAAAUAACACAUUAAGAUUGCGUUUGACUGCAAUCAUGAAGAAAGGUAUAAGUGCAGCCAUAAGGAUUAAUUCCUUACACAUGACCAAGGGAAAAGUGAAAACCAUGGAUGGCAAUAACAAGCUUAUGACAUCAUCGAAUGGUGGAUACAAAGGAAACGAAAUGUUCACCACAGAAUUUGAGAUCAAUGAAACACCCCCUAGUGCAAGAACUUUGCUAACUAAAGGUUACAUACAAGAUGAAAUCAAUUCUUUCUCAGGUGCAACUGUAUCAACUCGAGGACGUUUCAUGUCUGAGCAAGAAAAAGCUCGAUGUCCACACGAGCGUCCGCUUUAUCUGUACAUACAAGGGCAUUUAAAACAUAAUGUUGAUUUAGCUGUACAAAAAAUAAACGAAAUCAUAAGGACUGAGCAUAGGAGUUCCUUAAAUAGGCCAAGUCGAUUUACUAAUGCACCACCACCUCUAAUGAGCUUACACUCAGGAGUUCCAUCCGUUGAAAAAAUAUGCGUGGGCAUUGAAAAUGCUCCUCAAGGUUUUGAUCUACGAGGCCGAAUUGUAGGAGCAGGUGGUGCCAAUUUACUGUACAUAAGAGGAGAAACGGGUGCUACGGUAACAUUAAGAGGUCGUAGUUCGCAAUUUAUUGAUCCGGCUCUUGGAACGGAAUCUCCUGAGCCGCUUCAUUUAUUCAUAGAACAUCCAAACCCUGUAGCAUUACAAAAUGCAAAGCAAUUAGCAAUAAAUUUAAUACAAACCAUACAAUCAGAACUACAAUCUUACAUUCAACAACAGCCACCACCAGUUCAAUCACAGCCUGUGAUUCAACAGCCUAUGCAACAAAUACAACAAGCUCCAUUUCAAACAAUGAACAUUGGUGCUAUGAGACAACCAAACGUAGUUACUAUCCAUCAAGAUAUGAUGCAACAUCCACCGAGUAGUGUGGUAACGUUACCGGCAACAAUAAUUACAGCUACAGUUGCCGGCACACCCAUGCAAGCAUCAAUUCACCCAACUGGUGUUCAUGUUCCUGCACCUACACCAAUGCCACCACCAGAUCAGCCUCAAGAAAUUCAAACUUUCGUUCCUCCUUCGUCGGUUGGUCAGGUGCAGCUGAUAGGUCCACCUCCGGGUAUAAAUCAAGUUCAGUAUCAGAUACACCCAGGACAGCCACUGCAAAUUCAGAGUAUGCCACCGCCGGGCUCGCAAAAUUCACCUCAGCCAAUGACACAAAUGUAUGUCGUGAGUCAACCACCACCGCAGCAAACGUUUAUAAGCAGCAGUGCAUCUAUGAACGGUGCCAUGACUUUUAGCCACGUUUACACGCAGCCCAGAUCAGCAACACCGACUCAAACUAUGAUCGAGCACGUUAACGUUAAUCUGCAGCAGCCUCCACCUUCUGGUCCAAUGAAUCUCAAUCAGCAGCCUCCUCCACCAUCGCUGCUGCAGUUGCACUUUCCGCCACCGUUUCCCCAAAAUCAGCCUCCUCCUCCAAUUUCUCAAGCCUAUCAGAUUCAAUAUCACCAGCCAGUUCCAACAAGCGUAGCUCAACAGGGUCAGACGCCUCCUCAUUUUGUAAUUACUGGACCUCCGCCUCACGGUCCUGAACACGUCGGUCCACCUCCACAAAAUCAUGAACCACCACCACCUCAAGGCAUGGGGCCGCCACCUCAGCACAUAGCUCCAGGGCCGCCUCAGUUUGAAGGUCAGCCACCGCCGAUGCAGAUGCACGCGCCUCCACCGCCUGCCGUCUCGCAGGGAUACAUGGUGCCCACGUCACAGACUCUAGUUGACCAUCACGGCCAGCAACCACCACUUCCGCCGCCCGGGAGUGAAUUACAGCAUCCUCAAGAGGGCCCAGUAGAUCAAGGCAUGCCUCCACAGCCAGUACCUCCGCCACAAAUGGUUCCUCCGCCGUCUGUCAAUCAAAUUCAACAUUCCAUGAAUAUAAUAACAAGUGUGCCUCCACCGUCGCAUCCGCCUCCUCAGGCAGCUCCGUGGCUUUAUCAGGGACAGUCACUUCCGCAACCUCCACAAGGUCAAAUGCAGGUAAAUAUGGUACAAUUACCACCUACGAGUAUGCCACACCACGUUGUUCCUCCACCAGAAAUGCAGCCUCCUAUGCAAUAUCAUGCACAACAAAUACAUUAUCAGAACGACCAGAUGCAGUCGCAAAUGCAUUACGCCGUCCAGCCCCCGCAACCUCAGCCUCAUUUUGAUCAGAACUCGGAUAUACCUGAUUACCACAAGGGACAAGGUGUCAAAAGGAGAUAUUUAGAUAUGGAACCACCCGAAGCUAUGAUGCACCAGCUGAACAGACCACCUAACCAACGUCAUGGUACUGGCAGAGAGGUGGAACAGCAGCAGCACCUAAUGCACGGUCCACCAGGGCUUGGCGGAAGUCUUCCACCAGGCGAGCGCGGCAAGCACCUGUUAAUGCCACCUCCUUACCCAGAUGAUAGGCGUAACAUGGAUCAGUUUGUCGGUCAUAAUCCAGGCUGCGAGCAACCGCUGAUCGGCGAGCACGGACGCGUCGUGGCGACAGGUCCGGGAUCGUCGCAGCAACAGCAGCAGCAACCACCACCGUCCGGCCAGCAGCAGCAACCCUGGCAGUUCGCAGCGCGUUAUCCAGCGCCUCCCACCUGCAGACCACCCGCGCCCGCUGCCGUUGCCGCUCAACAAGCGGCGGCAGCAGCUGCUGCUGCAGCAGCAGCCGCACGCGACGCUAACGAGCAACAUCAUCAGCAGCAGCAAGCCCAGCAACAACAGCAGCAGCAACACCAUCACCAGGGACCACCGCCCUAUCACGCAGGGGGUGGCGCCGCAGGCCCCCAGCAGCCUCCAAGUAGUAUGGCUGGCCCCCACCCGCCACCACCACCGCCAACCCAGGCUCCGCCGCAGAUGAGGCUUGUUCAGGGGGUCGAUGGGAGUCGAUCACCACCUAAUCAGGGAGCACUGUCUGAGCAUCCGGUGAGCUCGGCCGCUGGGCUCGAGUACAAUCCAAUGCCACCGCAGCUGCCUCCGCCACCGUAUGGCUCGAUGAAGCCACCAGUCAGUGCGGCCUUGCCGCUCGUUCAGUCGAUUUGCAAUCCACCCCCUCCCCCCCCAUCACCGCCUACUUACAUACAGUCUCGACACCAUCAUCAUCACUAUCAUCAUCCCCGUGGACCACCUAUGCAUCACUAUAGACCACAUCAUCCGCACCAACACCAUCAUCACCAUCAUCAUCGACAAGCAUUGGCGCACAAUCAAUUGCCACCACCCUGGAUGAACUAGGUCAACGGCAACGUCCCCUACAUUCUGGUCAGAUGUGUGCGAACCAUCGCCACUGUCGAGUGUGCGAGAUGGCCAACCUUAGUCGCUAUGCACCAUGUCGUUUUGUUGUUCAAGGUGCUAAAUUCAUCAUUUCUCAUGAUAUAACUCGACACCCUCUACUAUAGACUGUAGAUAAAAACAUCUUAUUCUUGGGAUGCCAGAAUCAAUAUGCAGGUAGGAUGCGUUUAGACCUGGCAAAAUUCGUCAUUGAGUGGAAAAAAUUUUCGACCUCAAUUUUUUUGCAGAAUUACAUUCGGAACAGG